GGUCUGAAGGAGCUGGUGUCCCUCCACCUGCAGAGCUGCGGCAUCAGGGCACUGCAGCCCGGGGCGCUGCGGGGCUUGGGGAGCCUGGUCUACCUGUACCUCACCAACAACCACCUCUCCACCUUGACAGCCGCCGCAUUCCAGGGGGCCCCGCAGCUGGCCUACCUCGACCUGGACCACAACGCCUUCACCCGUCUGCCCGCGGGCGCCUUCCAGCUCCUGCCCAACCUCAUCUCCCUCCACCUGCAGCACAACACCAUCGGGGAGCUGGCAGAGGGUGACCUGGCUGGGGCCAAGGGGUUGCACUGGCUCUACCUUGCUGGGAAUGCCAUCAGGGACAUAGCCCCUGCUGCGCUGGCUCCCACCAAGAUGCUGGAGAAGCUGCAGCUGGAGGGAAACCAUCUGGUGGAGGUGCCCACGGCAGCCUUGUGGGGCCUGCCCGCCCUGAGCGAGCUGAAGCUGUCUCAAAACCCCAUCAAGCGCAUAGGGGACAGUGCCUUCCUGCCAGUGGCCUCCAGUCUGCAGUACCUCUACCUGGACAACAUGGGCCUGGAGCAGAUUUCCCCUGGUGCCUUUGCUGGCCUUGGGCCCAAGAUCAGAAGCCUUUACCUGGAGCACAACAAAAUGAGCAACAUCCCUGACAUGCGUAACUUCACGGGGCUGGAGAUUCUCAACCUGCAGGAUGUGCCUUUCCACUGUGAUUGCCAGCUCCUUCCCCUGCGCAGGUGGAUCGACAAACUCAACCUACGUGUAGGUGCCACCUGUGGGUCCCCUGCAGAAGUCCAGGGGCUGAAGGUGAAGCUCUCCCCCACCUUCCAAACUUGUCCUGGCUGGGGCCAAGGUGAAGAUGCAGAAGCCAAUCCUGAGAAGAAUAAGGCUACAAGCAAGCCCAGCAAGAAAAAUAGAUGGGGAAAAUCUCCAGCCCAAGGCUUCAAGAAGAAUGGAGUUUAG